AUGAGCGCAUUUUUCGUGGUGUUACAAGGACUGAUACAGCUACUGCUGUUAAUGAUUCCGAAAGACCUGGCGUGCCGGUUAGUCAUACGAUUGAAUCUAGGACACAGCCCACUAAAACUCACGCAUUUCUGCCCAUGGGUAGGGCAGCUUGAGCAGUGGCUAUCAUAUAAGCACCAGCGGGGACAUGUCUCGGUGCCACUGUCAAUGGGUGUGGGCGUGGCAGAGAUCGAUGAUGCUAAAGCAGCAGCAACGGCGAGGACAAUCGCAGAGGAGAAACGCAUUAUGAGUGAGGAUGUGACUGCCACGCAAGCUCAAAAGGAGAGAAAAAUGACGGCAAAAAUGAUAACAAGCCGUAAAAUUGAGCUCAUUGAGACUGAGAACUACUCCGAGUCGCUCCCGAACAGAUUUCGGUUGUAUCAUCGUUCGCCUCUAUUACAGAUCAACAAGUGGAAAAUAACGAGAAGCGCAUCGACCCAAGCUUGCCACAUGAUUGACCACAUCCAUUGUUUCGAGCCCCUUCCUAUCCUCGCGGAAGGCGGAAAGAAGUAUAUGCAGAUUGCUUCGAAAUAUGGUCUUGAGUGGCUCAUCAGAAAUUCUCGAAAGAAUGGAGAGCCGAGACUCGGAGCAGGGACAAGGGACGGGGCCGAUGCUAUUAAGGAGGUCAGGACUGCAGCCAGCGAGCUGCGAGAAGCUUGA